CUUGCGCCUUCCCCAGCCUGGUCACACAGCAAAAAGUGAAAUCAAAUAACAGUUUUAACCGAUUAAAAAAACUUGUUUUGCGGACGAACUACGCAAGCAGCUGAAAGCAUCCAGAAGCAUCCAAAACGGGUUUCGUCUCGUCUCCUCCCGUCCAAGGGUGAAGCACUAAUCCGGAUCACAUGAUGGCCUCCAGUGGUGGCGCUUGUUCCCAUUUCGUCUUUGUGGCCUGGGCGGUGUUCGCCUUGUUGCUGACGCACGGCGGCGACAAUGUUGUGGAUGCCCGGCGUAACCAGGGCAACCAGCGGAAGACCUCCUCCUCGUCCAGCUCCUCCAACUACGGUCACGUGACGCCCAGCUAUAGCACGAAUGGGCAUGCCGCCGGCAACUCUCAUGCAGAUGUGGCCAAACUGAGUUACCCCAACUACAAUGCGCAGCCGAAUCGCCCAAUGGCCGCUGGCUCAUCGGGAUCCCCGGGCUCCGCCCCUCAGCCAGGCUGGAAUGUGCCGCAGGGUCCACCGCCCGCCUACUCCGCUUCCAACCCCGUUGGGGGAGCCCGACCCAAUAUGCACGAGCCGCCGCCAUCCUAUCAUGCCCCCAACUACGGAGCAGCUCCUCCCAACUAUGGAGCCGCCACCGGAUCGAAUAUGCACCAGCCGCAGUACUCGGGAGUGCCAGCUGGCGCCACCUACUACCCGGCUGCAGGACACGGUGGUUCGCCCAACAUCCCCGCCGGAGCUACUUACUACCCAUCCGCCGGCCAUGUGCCCAUGGGCGGUGGCUAUCACCCAGCUGCUGCUCCGCCGCCGGGCGCCACCUACUACCAGGCGGGAUCUGCUUUACCGCCCGGAGCCACCUAUUACUCUGCACCGCCACAACAGUCCUCCUCUGGCUUGGGCUUCGGAACUGGUCUGCUUGCUGGUGGCUUGGGCGGCGCCCUGCUGGGCCACGCUCUUACGCCCUCGGGAGGCAGCUCCUCCUCGCAGCCGGUUGCCGCAGCUCCAGCUGCUGGUCAGGAUCGCAUCAUCAUCAUCAACAAUGGCGUGCCGGUGAAUGCCAGCGAUGGCACCACUGUGAUAAAUGCAGCAGGUGUGGCUGCUGCCCCAGGAGCAGUUCCAGCGGCACCGGUGCCCCCUACCAACAUGACCCAGGAUGCAACCCAACAACCAGCCGUACCCAUGGCACCAAUGCCGGCAAUGCCCUUUAAUCCAGAGACCUCCAACAUGACCGCGCCGGAAGCAGCUGCUCCCCCACCGCCCGGCGGCAUUAUAUGUGUGCCCACCAAGGUGAACGAAACGGAUCCGACUGACAGCACCAAGAUGAUAGAGGUGGAGAAGAUUGCCUGCUACCCGGCACCCCCGCCACCAGCUGCUUCCGCCGGUGAGGGUCCAGCACCACUGGCGCCCAUGGCCGCUGAUCAACCAGGAUCGCAGCAGGUGCAAAAGACACAGGAUGUCGCUGCUCCAAUCCAGGCAUCCGUUACGUCCAACACCGGCGGAGCUGGGUCCUUGGAGGGAUUGACCAUUCGGAGCCUCCUGCUCGUGCUCAUGAGCGGAGGGAUGGCCAAGUGGCUUGCUGGCUUCUAAAAACCAUGCUUCUGGAACGUUCCACUGUGCACCCCCCAAUACUACUCGACCCUACUACCUACUGUACUUUCCUCCCCAGCUGUUGUGGCCUUGGCGCGCACGGUGUAUUUGCGCUGGCCAAGAUCGAUAAUUCCAGGCGCUAAUUGGACGAAACUGUUGAAUUUGUUGAAUUAUGCCGUACCAUCGCCGACUGCAGUAUUCGUGGAUAAACAAGCUGGGCUCCCAGCUUAGAAUUCCCCAUCAAAAGUCCCCCUUUCCCAAUUUGGCCUUCAAUUGUGAUGAUUGCGAUGUGAAUGGGCUCCCGUAACCGGGCCCGGACCCAUCCCAGCGUGCUCGAAAACAAAGCAAACGUUCGAAUAGCUCGGCAUAUACAUAUGCAUACCCCCUAUGUGUAAACCCGACUCAAAGCCUUCUGAAGAAAGACAAACUGAAUGUAAGUUCCCACUAAAAGUGUAUAUUUUUCUAGACUCGCUAGCGUAAUUGUUGCUUCUUUUUGCAUUGUUGUAAGCAAACGUAUUUGUUGCACUCCUCAGUUGUUGAAUAAAGUAAAAGCUUUCGCCGCACCCACAGCA